GUGGGGUAGAAUGUUAUGGAUUUUACAGUAAUAAAAGAUGUGGUGGGUCCUGAUAAAUGGUAAAGAUUGUUAGAUGUUGAAAAUUUCUAGUCAAGAUUAAGUUUGUUUGCAACGAUAGCAUCUACAGCCAAGGGCCCAACCAUGUACGACUUUCAAGCAUUGCUCGAUUCAAUUGACUAAUUUCCUCCAAUUGCUAUACACAAAUUGAAAAUCAAAACGAACAAUCAGUCACCCUUAAUCUUGCCCCCAUCCUUCUCACUUUACACUUUAGGCAUAAAAAAAUGGUUUUCUCGUCUCAUCUAUUUGCAAUUGCAGGGUUUCUUGGAUUGGUGCUAUUCUACAAACUAUGGAAGAAGGGAACUCCCAGCCACCAAAGUAAGGGCAUUUUAUUAGCCCCAAAACCUCCAGGUGCAUUGCCAUUCAUCGGGCACAUUCACCUACUUGGCGGCCAACGCACCCUUGCUCAAACCUUGGGAGACAUGGCUGACAAGUGUGGCCCAAUCUUCUCAAUCCGCUUAGGAGCGUUCCCUGCCCUUAUCAUUAGCAAUCGUGAAGCAGUCAAGGAGUGCUUCACUACUAACGACAGGGUAUUAGCUAGGCAGGGAACGCUUCUAAUCGAAUUGAGAAGAUUGGGCCAUAUUUGUAGGCCAUGGCUCCCAAGGUUUGAGCAAGGGUGCGUUGGCCGCCAAAAUUUAUUCGUAGCAGGUGCGGACACAACAUCCGUUGCAUUGACUUGGAUUUUGUCCAACUUGAUGAACAAUAGACAUGCCUUAAAGACUGCCCAAGAGGAGCUAGAUCUCAAAGUCCGCAGGGACAAAUGGGUGCAAGACUCUGAUAUUGAGAAAUUAGUGUAUCUCCAAGCCGUUAUUAAAGAAACAUUGCGCCUAUACCCACCAGGGCCUGUAUCAUUUCCCCACGAGGCAAGAGAAGAUUGCAGCAUCAGCAGGUACCACGUUCAAAAGGGCACUCGUGUGAUUCUGAAUUUACGAAGGUUGCAUCGAGACCCUCGAAUUUGGUCAAAUCCUGAUGAGUUUCAACCGAAAACAUUUCUUACAAGCAAUGCAAAUGUGGAUGUUCUGGGACAACAUUUUGAGCUGAUCCCAUUUGGCUCUGGUAGACGAUCUUGUCCGGGGAUGACAUUGGCAUUGCAAACAACACACUUGACGAUUGCUCGCACGCUCCAGGGAUUUGACUUAACCACACCAUUUAUGGAGUUAGUGGAUAUGACUGAAGGGCUAGGGAUUACCAUGCCCAAGGCAACUCCACUUGAUGUUCUCCUGAGCCCGCGCCUUCCUGCACGUUUGCUGAUAAAUCUGUAGAUAACUCUCAAGCCUGUCCUGCACCUAUUGCUAGCUAAUUACGUUGGACCGUCUUUAGAGGAUGAAUAAUGGAGGCCUUUAGGCUUAAUUGCUUGUAGUUUUAUGAAAUUUCUCAGUUUUUAUGUACUUAGGGGUAGAGAUUGUUGGUGCAAAUGGGUUUGGAUUUCAAAGAGAACCAAUAAAAUCAACUUCAAGGCACCUUAUAAUAGUUCCUAUUUUAAGACUUAUUUUGCCCAACCUUUGUAUAUGUA